AUGCUACUAAAAGCUUCCUUCAACCAGACACUCUGCACAACAGCAUCACUGGUGCUCAACGGUGCUACUGCACCAUAUCCGCGCGCAACAUGUGAGGUCGAGCUCGGCGCUUCAGGACUGAGAAUGGAUCCUUCAAAUGCAACAACGCUUAGCGAUACCCUCUUGCAGAGCAUUUCGACCAUGAUCGGGGACGCGCAGAGCACGGCUCUGUCGUCCGCCGCGGCGAGGGCUGAUGAGGUGGUGGCUGCCACGAAGUCGUCCUCAUGGAUCGGACUGCUCGGCAGGCUCAUCCUCGCUAUCCUGCACUUGAUCUCGACCAUACUGUACUUUGCGCUCAAGAUCACCACCAUCAACAUCCCCACCCUUCUCUUCACGCUCUUCUCCACGAGCUUGACCGUCACCAUGAAUGCCACCACACUCAUGCUGAUCAUGGCACUCGUGAUCUCGGCCGUCAGCUGGGUAGUCCGCUACCGCUAUCUGAACAUGUAUUCUCGCUUGCCGCCAGAGCCGCAGCGGAAAGAGCCAGAGAUUGAUCUCUUCCCUGACACACAUGAAGAGGGCAUCAAGUCGGGGCUGGGCAACUAUCUAGACGAGUUUCUGAGCGCUAUCAAGAUCUUUGGCUACUUGGAGCGACCCGUGUUCCACGAGUUGACUCGCAGCAUGCAGACCAGGAAACUGAUCGCUGGUGAGACCUUGAAUUUGGAGGAAGAGAAAGGCUUCUGCAUCGUGGUAGACGGCCUCGUCGAAAUUUUCGUAAAGUCGGCUAGAAAUAGUCGGCUCACGCCCGAGAACUCUCAACUAGGAGGUUCGAAUUACAACGAUUCAGACUUCAGCGAAGAUGAAGAGAAUCAUGCCCCUGGUCAGCAGCGAUACCAGUUGCUCACAGAGGUUCCAAAUGGCACGCCCAUGUCCUCGCUUUUCACAAUCAUGUCUCUUUUCACUGAGGAUGUCAAGCUACGGCAUACGGAUGAUGAUAAUUCUGAGCCAAACACCGCUAUUGGUACUCGUAGUCAUCCUAGAUAUCCUCUGAGCGCCGACUUCAGAAAGUCGUCCCAUGACAUUCCUGUGUCUUUUCCUAGCACUCCACAGUUGGACGAUUCUGGAGAUCGGCCUGAUCCUAGGCAGUACGGGCCUACAAGGAUGCCUUCUAACGGGAGCGCUACACUGCCCAACAUUCCGCCCAUGUCUCUCGAUGCCGCAUCCCCUCUUCACCCUCACCAAAGCAAGCGACCAGUGCCAAAACGUCUUGCCACAAACUCUGCACAUCCAGACAUCAUUGCCAGGGCGACUGUGGAUACCACAAUAGCCAUCAUACCUGCGAGUGCGUUCAGACGAUUGAUAAGGAUUUAUCCAAAGGCAACGGCCCAUAUUGUCCAUGUCAUCCUGUCUCGCUUUCAACGAGUCACACUUGCCACGGCUUACAAUUAUUUAGGCCUGACGGGCGAGGUCCUCCAAACGGAACGAAAUAUGAUCAAAUAUACAUCCUCUCAGCUUCCUAACUUUCUCAGAGGUGAUCCACUCGAGAGGCUGAAAGAGAAGUUCAAGAGAGAGCGAGAAAGGAUCGGAGAAGAUGAGGAAGGCAAGGGCAUCGCUUUGCAUAACUCCGGUGCUGGCCAUCGCCGCCGAUCGUCAACCCUUCGCAAAGAGGCAGUCUUGCAGGCCAUAUCUAAGAGACGGCCUACAUCUGUCGUGACUUCUACAAUCGCUCCACCGCAUGAGCGAAGCUCAAUUGACACACCUGGUCCGGGCGAUUUGCUUGCAAAUAUUCAAAUAUCUCGGAGCGGAGGCAGGUCAUCAAGCAACCUUGGUAUCCCAGUAACUAGUCCGCCACAGAGCAAUGAUGCACUUCAUAAGCAGACUGUAUCGCCUCUGGCAGAAAAAUCCUUCAACCCGUUCGCGACUCAAACACAUGGACGCAUCUCACUUGACAAGCGAGAAACGGCAGACGAGGACAAUAUCUUCCGAGAAUCCAUCCUUGAAUGUAUGUUUAAGGCCAUCGGCCUUACGUCCAGCGGCACAGCAUCAAGAGGCCCUGACUCUGUUGAAGCGUCGCCACGUCUCGUGUCAUAUGACCAAAGACGUCAAAAGGCCGUCUUCAGUAAUAACGCUUUUGGUUUCAUGGAGUCGUUCGAUGGCUCGACCGAGGGAGACGCUGAAUCAAUGACCUCAGGUGGAAUCACGAUGAAUGCCACCCCGAACGCUCAUGCUCUUGCUCAUGACAUGAAGGAUGAACUUGAGAUAGUAUUCUUCCCCAAAGGUUCCGUGCUUGUUGAGCAAGGGGAAAGAAAUCCUGGUCUGUACUAUGUUGUAGAUGGCUUCCUUGAUAUCUGCAUUACAGUGGAAGAGUCGUCGACCAAUAUUUUGCACACACCAAAUCAAUCAUCAUUUGAGGCCAUGGACAGCACGGAAUCUUUCCCUGCUCCUCGCCGAUCUGCCACCACAUCGUCACGGUUCUCUCUAUCUGAGCUAGGCGACAGUGUUGGUGAAGGCCGGAAAAAGGGCAAGCUUAGUCGUCGCAGCGUUGCUCUUGUCAAGCCCGGUGGUCUCGCUGGAUAUGUUGGGACGGUGUCUUCCUACCGAUCUUUCAUUGAUGUGGUUGCGAAGACGGACGUCUACGUGGGUUUCUUGCCACGAGCAUCUCUUGAAAGAAUCGUCGACAAAUAUCCAAUUGUGCUGUUGACGAUGGCGAAGCGAUUGACCAAUAUUCUACCACGUCUAAUUCUUCACAUUGACUUCGCUUUAGAAUGGCUGCAGGUUAAUGCGGGGCAAGUCAUCUACCAUGAGGCGGAGGAGAGCGACGCAAUCUACCUCGUCCUCAACGGUCGGCUUAGACUUGUGGAGGACAGAAAAGAUGGCGGUGUGAAUGUUCGGGGCGAGUUUGGUCAGGGAGACAGCGUUGGUGAAUUAGAGGUCCUGACAGAGUCUGCUCGCUCUGGGACCCUACAUGCGAUCCGAGACACAGAAGUGGUCAAGUUUCCACGGACCUUGUUCAACAGUCUCGCACAAGAGCAUCCAAACAUCACCAUCAAAAUUUCCAAGAUCAUUGCAUCCCGGAUGAGGAAUCUUAUCGAUGAUCCGACCCUCGCUUUAACUGCAAAAGACGCGGGCUCCAGGACUGGAAUCAAUCGAAGCUCUACGACGUUGAAUCUACGAACAGUCGCAAUUCUUCCCGUCACGGCUGGCGUACCCGUUGUUGAAUUCGGCAACAGAUUAAUGAACGCCCUCUCUCAGGUCGGCACUCCCAACGGAGCGACGUCCUUGAAUCAGUCCGCUAUUCUCAAUCAUCUCGGCAAGCAUGCCUUCAACAAGAUGGGCAAGCUUAGGCUUUCACAAUAUCUUGCCGACCUUGAAGAGAAAUACGAUCUGGUGGUUUACGUAGCGGGUCUUGUCUUAGGUGGUGGUGGUGCCAGGGGUAUUGCUCAGGUCGGUAUCAUCAGAGCGAUGGAAGAAGCUGGCAUCCCCAUCGACAUUAUAGGCGGAACGUCGAUUGGUGCAUUCAUUGGUGGUCUAUACGCACGCCAUGCCGAUGUGGUCCCUAUUUUCGGUCUUGCAAAGAAAUUUUCAGGCCGCAUGGCCAGUAUGUGGAGGUUUGCGCUGGACUUGACUUAUCCCUCGGCAUCAUACACUACGGGGCACGAGUUCAAUCGAGGUAUCUUCAAAACCUUUGGAAAGACGCAAAUCGAAGACUUCUGGCUGGAGUAUUACUGUAACACAACCAACAUCAGCAAGAGCCGCGCCGAGUUUCACACAAGCGGCUACGCCUGGAGAUAUGUCCGGGCAUCUAUGUCUCUUGCCGGUCUGCUUCCGCCGUUGUGCGACGAGGGCAGCAUGCUCCUAGACGGUGGCUACAUCGACAAUCUGACGGUGUCCCACAUGAAGUCGCUCGGCGUGGACGUUAUCUUUGCUGUGGAUGUGGGGUCUCUCGAUGACGAUACUCCACAGUCGUUCGGAGACUCACUCUCUGGGAUGUGGGCAUUUUGGAAUCGGUGGAAUCCACUCUCAUCAACGCCAAACCCACCAACCCUCGCAGAGAUCCAAGCACGACUUGCUUAUGUUUCCAGUGUCGACGCGUUGGAGCGAGCGAAGACGAUGCCAGGGUGUAUCUACAUGAGGCCACCUAUCGACGAAUACGGAACGCUUGACUUUGGUAAAUUUGACGAGAUCACACAGGUAGGAUACAAGUAUGGCCAGGAGUUCUUGCAGGAGGCCCGUGAGAAGGGGUUGCUUCCAUUGAUCGAGGAGACAGAGGCCAAGAAGGCGUUGCGACGCACAAUGGCUCCGCGUAGAGCAAGCAUUUAG